GGUUUUCAAAACACGCCGGCAGUGAAUCAGCGGCGGGGCGGGCAAUUUGAACGCUCCAGCCGGGGCACGCGGCCAGGGCUCUCCGGCCCUCCCCUGGACGCCAGCCGCUGCCGCUCGGCCCGGAAGGCCGAGAAGGAGCCGCGGGGCUGCAACCCUGCGCUCCCGCCAUGGGCCCGCGCCGCCGGAGACGCAAGCCCGAAACUCCACGGAGGCGCCCCGCGAGCCCGGCUCCCGCCGCCCCCCGGCGGGGCCCCCCCUUAGGUCCCCGGAGACACCGCGUUCUGAGGGAGAUCCGAAUUCUUCAGAAGAGCACGCACCUGUUGUUAAGGAAGAACCCCUUCUGCCGCCUGGCACGAGAAAUAUGUGUUCAGUUCACUCGUGGUGUGGAUUUCAAUUGGCAAGCCCAGGCCCUGCUGGCCCUACAAGAGGCGGCAGAAGCGUUUCUCGUUCAUCUCUUUGAGGACGCCUACCUCCUCUCCCUGCACGCCGGCCGCGUGACUCUCUUCCCCAAGGACAUCCAGCUGGCCAGGAGGAUCCGGGGCAUUCAGGAAGGGCUCGGCUGAGCUCCCGCCGCCGGUGUCGCUGGAAGCCUCCCCUGCCCCCCCAGAGAAUGAGUGCACUUGGGGGAAAACCACCCAGCCUCCCAUCACCUCUGAAGGAAUUUGCCUUCUCCAUCCUUGGUCCUUUGCUGCCCCGCCUGCCCUUUGUUCUCUGGAAAAGAUCCGACUAAGUUUUAACUUGAGUGCCUGGGAUUCUUUUGAACAAUGUUCUCCUUGACUUUAUGACCAGACAACGUGCAUCUCUGCCAGAGGAGUCCUCUCCACUUCACAAAGACCAGAUGACCUCAUUUGGAUUAAAAGAAAGUUGUUUUUUUUUAAUGCCUUGUUAAUAAAUGUGAUUCCUGAAUUUCAGAGAUGAUACCCAGGACUCUGCCCGUUGCAGGACCAGAUCCGCGGAGGACGUGUGAGGUGCCGUCUGGACUUGCCGUCCCAGAGCUGUGUGCACGCAUUGCUUUUGUAAUUCGUUUUUUUUAAGGUGGAGAAGACCGUAUGGCUUUCCUCUGUAACCGAGGUGAUGUAUGAGAGAAUCAACACAUUCCACAAGCCCUGAGAAAAAUUUUUCAGAUGAAGAGACUCCAAGGUUGAUGUCACUUUGAAAAUUAUUCAUGUGACUGUUGGAUGCUUUUGAAGACAUCAGGUGUUCUAGGUUAUGGGAGAAAAGAAUAUUUAUUGAUUAUUUUAGAUCUUUCUGUACCAUGUAAUUUUUUUUUUUUUUAACCAUAUGUCUAUUUACAUUUAUUUAAAACACAAGGGAAAAGUUAAAAGAAGACCACCUCAGGCAGUUGCAUGGAAGAGCCUGACUCAGGUAGCAUACAACUUUCUGUCCUUCAGAUUGAUUUCAUCCUUAGUGGCAGCAGCCACUUCCUCUGUGCACUGUGCCUGUCACCAGAUCGUAGCUUUUCAAAAAACUCAAUGGGACGAAAAUAGAAAAUCGUUCAGGUUUGAUGUCCUGGCUCCUUCUGGUAAAUUCCUAUCAAAAUCAUUCAGAAAUUCGCACUCGUGGAAUUUUAUUCUCCUUUGAAAAAUCAGAGAAGAUGUAUCAUAGUUUAUACGUUAGAAUGUUUCAUUCCAGGAUUUUAAAGUGCCUUUGCGAUGUUUUUACAGGUAUUUUUUUAUAAAUUCUUUGUGGAGAGAGAAUAAUAAUAAAAGCAAUUUUUUAAUGAGAAAAAUUGAAGCGGUGCUACUGUUUUACAGCGAUUGUACUGUGUUCUCUUGUGGUAGCGCUGACUUAUUCGCCUGGACACUGUUUGCCAACGGCUGCAAUUUAAACAAGAGAACUGGGGGCGGGGGUGCUUUUGGCCUCCACUGGCCCAGAGUAUGAGCAGAUUAAAAACCUGGCCUUUCUGUUGUGACUGAAAGCGGUUUAAGAGAUUUCCAGGGACAUGGAAGUACCAGCCAAGAAAGACUUUUAGAUUUUUGUGGAUUUUGCGUGUGGUAAAAAUGAUUCGUGAGGGGCAGAUACCAGCAAUCCAGCGAUCAUGUGUCAUUCAACGAAAGGGAACCACUGGAUUCUGUUGUUUGGUAAAUUUUAACCCUUUGGAAAAACCUUUUCCCAUUCAACCUCAACUCACUUCGAUGUAGACAUUUGAAUAAAGCUUCUCUGUCUAUGAAUAUA